AUGGACUUGAUACAUUCUCAAACAUUUCGCCAGCAUCGUAGUUGGCAUCAUCAGCGAGUUUUGCCAUUCGCCGCACCAAGAUACGAACUUUUCAAAAAGAAGUCAAUCCCUCGACGCAUUAAGUAUGCUUGUUUGGCAUGGGAGGACUUUGAGCAUCGACUUCGCACCGCCCUUCUCUGGUUAAAGGGUCAACGGGACCGACUGACUCUUCUUCUCAAGUCCAUAGCUGAAGCGCAAACCCCGUCGAGCGACUCGGCCAAUGACUCCCGAGAAUAUGAUAGGCGCUUUGCUCAACUGGAGGUAUGUGAAGUCCUAAGAUAA